AUGCUAACUCCAGUUAGGUUAAGUGGUGGAAGCAAACCUACGGAAGGUCGCGUGGAAGUCUAUCACAAUGGAACUUGGGGAACAAUUUGUGACGAUAUGUUUGAUAUCAACGAUGCAAGGGUCUUAUGUCAUACUUUAGGUUUCAGCUCGUCGAAUGCACAACAGUUUCAAGGUGCUAAAUUUGGUCAAGGAACUGGACAAAUUUGGAUGGAUGAUUUAGCUUGUGGAGGGGGAGAAUCUAGUUUAUUUUCAUGUUCAUUCCGGGGAUGGGGAACAAACAACUGUGGACAUACCGAGGACGCUGGUGUUGCAUGUGGUGAAACCGUUGGCGCUACUCCAAAUCUGUUGACAUACUCAAAUUGCAGAAUCUUAUUAGCAAUAAAAAAAACUCCAUUAAAAUAG